UUCCCGGCCCGCCGCGCAUGCGCGCGGCGCGGCGCAGGGGCCCCCGGCGGCGGCGGCGGAGGGAAGAUGGCGGCGGUGGUACAGAAUGUGGUGAAGCUCCUCGGCGAGCAGUACUACAGGGACGCCAUGGAGCAGUGCCACAACUACAACGCCCGCCUCUGCGCCGAGCGCAGCGUCCGCCUCCCCUUCCUCGACUCCCAGACCGGGGUGGCCCAAAGCAACUGCUACAUCUGGAUGGAGAAACGUCACCGAGGGCCAGGUUUAGCCGCGGGGCAGCUUUACUCCUACCCCGCGCGCCGCUGGAGGAAGAAACGCCGUGCUCAUCCUCCGGAGGACCCGAGGCUUUCCUUCCCUUCCAUCAAACCAGACACCGAUCAGACCCUGAAGAAGGAAGGGCUGAUCUCUCAGGACGGCAGCAGCCUGGAAGCCCUGUUGAGGACCGACCCGUUGGAGAAACGUGCCCUCCCGGACCCCCGCAUCGACGACGACAGCCUGGGCGAGUUCCCCGUCACCAACAGCCGUGCGCGGAAGCGGAUCCUUGAGCCGGAUGACUUCCUGGACGAUUUGGACGAUGAAGACUACGAGGAAGAUACGCCGAAGCGGAGAGGGAAGGGGAAAGCCAAGGGCAAAGGUGUCGGAGGGGCUCGCAAGAAGCUGGAUGCGGCUAUAUUAGAAGACCGGGAUAAACCCUACGCUUGUGACAUUUGCGGGAAGCGCUACAAGAAUCGGCCGGGAUUGAGCUACCACUACGCUCACUCCCACCUGGCCGAGGAAGAAGGCGACGACAAGGACGAUUCGCAACCCCCCACUCCCGUCUCGCAGCGAUCGGAGGAGCAGAAAUCCAAGAAAGGACCCGACGGUUUAGCUUUGCCCAACAACUACUGCGAUUUCUGCCUGGGAGACUCCAAAAUCAACAAGAAGACGGGACAACCGGAGGAGUUGGUCUCGUGCUCGGACUGCGGGCGAUCAGGGCACCCCUCCUGCCUGCAGUUCACCCCGGUGAUGAUGGCGGCCGUCAAGACGUACCGCUGGCAGUGCAUCGAGUGCAAGUGCUGCAACAUCUGCGGCACCUCCGAGAACGACGACCAGCUGCUCUUCUGCGACGACUGCGACCGCGGCUACCACAUGUACUGUCUCACCCCUCCCAUGUCGGAGCCGCCCGAAGGGAGCUGGAGCUGCCACUUGUGUCUGGACCUGCUGAAGGAAAAAGCCUCCAUCUACCAGAACCAGAACAACUCCUGAUCCCGCUCCGCCGACGCAACGGGCUCCCCGCUGCCCUCCUUUCACCCCUUUCACCUUUUUUUUUGGGUCUUUUCCCUUUUCUUGGGGGUCUUUUCCCUUUUUUGGAUUUUUUUCCCUUUUUUUUGGGGUAUCUUUUCCCUUUUUUUUUGCGUCUUUUCCCUUUUUUUGGCGUCUUUUCCCCUUUUUUUGGCAUCUUUCCCCCUUUUUUUGGCAUCUUUUCCCUUUUUUUUGGCAUCUUUUCCCUUUUUUGGGGGGGUCUUUUCCCUUUUAUUUUGGAUCUUUUCCCUUUUUUGGGGGGAUCUUUUCCCUUUUUUGGGGGGGUCUUUUCCCUUUUUGGGGAGGGGUGGGUGUAUUUUCCCUUUCUUUUGGAUGUCUUUUUCCCUUUUUUUGGGUGUCUUUUCUCUUUUAGGGGGGGACCUUUUCCCUUUCUGGGGCGUCUUUUCCCUUUUUUUGGCUCUUUUCCCUUUUUUUUAAUGUCUUUACCCUUUUUGGGGGCUCUUUUCCCUUUUUUUGCGCUCUUUCCCCCUUUUUUUGGUGGUUCUCUCUUUUUUGGGGCGUUCUUUUCCCCUUUUUCGGGGUCUUUUUUCUUCCUUUUUUUUUUUUUUUUUAAAUCUUCCCCCUGGUUUUUUUGGUUGAUUUGUUGGGUUUUUUAUCGCUCGGGGAAGGGGGCGUCAGGGUUUAUUUUACUCGUUUUUGCAGCACGAGGGUUUCUUUCUCACCUCCCCGCCGUGAGAUGGGGUGCGUGUCCGUCCCCCCCAGCCGAGGAGGGGGUGACGCUGCCAUGUCCCCACCCUGCGGGGUGGCUUUUGGGGUGACGCCUGUCCCUACCGAGGGGACACAGAUGGGACAGCCCUGCCUUUCCCAUUACCCAUUUCCUCACUUUUCCACCCCAAAAUGAGGCGCCUAAAUCCACUCCGCCGCCUCCCUGGCAAUGCGGUAUGCCAAAAAACUCACUUCCCCCCCCCUUUUUUUGAGAAAAUUCAGACCCCUGCGCCAGCCGGGGUCACGGUUUUGGGACUUUUUGUUAAUUUUUCAAUAUUUUGGGGGCGGGGAGAUUUUUUUUUUGCCCCCCAUUUUAUUUGUAUUUCCUUUUAUUUCUCCCUGUUUUUAUCAUUUCUUUUCUCUCCCACCUCGGAGGAUGCUCCCCAUAGCCCCCCCCACCCCGCCCAGAUGAGGCCUUACACCCCACCAUCUUCCUCCGGCCGCCACAAAACGGGGCAAAAUCCCUCCAUUUUGGGAUUUUCAUUGCUCCCACGUGGCGCAGAGGGAGAAAUGCUUCGCCCCAUCCCCAUCCCUGCCCCCCAGCCCGCCACGGUCGCACAGGGUUUGUUUUUGGGGUUUGGGGAGGGUGGGGUAAUUUUGGGGGGAAAAAGCCGCUUUCACCCCCAAAACGCUGCUGACAGGGAAAGGCGGGAAAAUGCCGCUGACAGGAAAAGGCGGGAAAACGCCGCUGACAGGAAAAGGCGGGAAAACACCGCUGACAGGAAAAGGCGGGAAAACGCCGGUGACAGGAAAAGGCGGGAAAAUGCCGCUGACAGGAAAAGGCGGGAAAACGCCGCUGACAGGAAAAGGCGGGAAAACACCGCUGUUUUGGGGCUCUGCGGGGACACCCCGAUAUCCCCCCCAACCCCCUCCUGCCCCCAAGGGUCCCGUUGACUGAAUGUGCCUGUUUUUUCUAAAAAUCAACUUUAAAAACCUACCUCCGAACCCCUCCCCCUCCCCGCCACUGCACCCUGAAUUUCACCUCAGAACCCCCCAAAAAGAGAGGAGCCAACCGGGACGGCGGCAGAGCAACCCAAAACCGGCCCCCUGAGCAGAAAAAUGACCCAAAAAUGACAGAAAUAACCCCUAAAAUGAUGGAAAUAGCCCCUAAAAUGACAGAAAUAACACCUAAAAAUGACGGAAGUAACCCCAAAAAUGAGGGAAAUAACCCCCCAAAAUGAUGGAAAUAACCCCUAAAAAUGAUGGAAAUAGCCUCAGAAAAUGACGGAAAUAGCCCCCAAAAUGACAGAACUAGCUCCCAAAAUGACGGAAAUAGCCCCCCAAAAUGAUGAAAUAGCCCCCAAAAAUGACCAAAAUAGCCCCAAAAAUAGCCAAAAUAGCCACAAAAAUUAUCAAAAUAACCCUAAAUUAACCAAAAUCCCUAAAAAACCACCACUACACCAAAAAGCAACCUCCGGCUCUGGGUGAUGAAGCGGCUCCAGCCCAGUGGUUUCUCUCCUUCCCCCCCCUUGAGCGCGAUUCAGGUGAAAAUGAGAGCGUUUUGGUUAAAAAUGAGUGGUUUUUCCCUUGUUUUCGCGCCCUGUUGGGGGUGGGACGUUGAAAUGUCCCUAAAACGGGUGGGUUUUACCCCAAUUUCCCCUCAGCAAAGCUUCACGGUUGUGUCUUAUCCGGGAAAAAAAAAAAUACAAAAAAGUGACACCAAAACAGCUUGUUUUCAUAAUAAAAAUGGAUUAAAAGGCA